AUGGACAUUCCACGCUGGUUGCCCCUGGAAUCAAAUCCAGAAGUCAUGACAAAGUUUGUCAAUUGCUUGGGUAUGAAACCAACCUGGCAAUUUGGAGAUGUUUAUGGAUUGGAUCCAGAGCUCCUCAGCAUGGUGCCCAGACCGGUGUGCGCAGUGCUACUUCUCUUCCCAGUGACAGAGAAGUACGAGGCAUUCAAGCAAGAAGAGGAAGAGAAACUCAAGGGUCAGCAACAGGAGGUUUCUCCUGACGUCUACUUCAUGAAGCAAACUAUCGGAAACGCCUGUGGAACAAUAGGAUUAAUCCAUGCUGUGGCAAACAACCUGGCACACCUGGAAUUCGAUCCUGAUUCUCCUCUGAAGAAGUUUAUUGAUAAAACUUCUAAAAUGAACUCAGAGGACAGGGCCACCUUCCUGGAAAAAGAUGAGAGUAUACGUGUGACGCACGAGUCCAGUGCACAGGAGGGACAGACUGAGGCCCCAAGUUUAGACGAGAAAGUGAAUCUGCAUUUUAUAGCUUUUGUGAAUGUCGGAGGACAGUUAUAUGAACUGGAUGGGCGGAAGCCUUUCCCUAUCGUGCACGGAAAAACCUCAGGAGACACAUUCCUCGAGGAUGCCAUAGAGGUUUGUAAAGUCUUCAUGGCUCGUGACCCUCAGGAGGUUCGUUUCACCAUCAUUGCCCUCUCCAAAGAUUCAUACUGAGGAAACUCCCAGUGACCCUAGAAAACAAAGAAAAAAUGACUGCCAAACAUUCUCAAGUGCUGACUUUAUUGAAAAAUCUGAAUUUUUUUUUUCAAAAUGCUUGUGGGAAAAAUAAUGAAAUGUCAGGGAUAUCAUUCUGAAACAAUGUUUCAUUUUUUAUUAUACAUCAGUUGUCGUGUCUUGGAUGAAAUUCUAAGGGAAUCAGAGUGCUGCUGUGCGACUAAAAGUAUUUCUUGUAAAGAUCAAAAAUCUUCCAGUUGGCCUCUGUCAAAUCGUCUCGAUCACUCAGCUGUACUAUCUUGACACUGCACUAAAGUUCGUUUACACGGCGUGUUUGGCUUUCAAUUAAGGAAGAAAUUUAGCAAGAUUUCCACAUAACUGAAGGAGUGCAACUUCUUUUUUACUUUUCGGUUUGUAGUGAUUUGUUUUUGAUUGUGUGUCUAACUACAUGCUCAAGAACAUGUUUUGCAAGGCAUUAAUUUCAGCCAUAGCUUUGAAAAAAACAGUUAGGCCUAAUGCUGUUGUAUGCAGUAAUAAUAUUAUGAAAAGCUUAUCAAAAAAAAGUCUCCUGUAAGUGAGGUGAAUUGAAAAAUGCAGACUCUACAUCCGUGGGGAAUGUGCCUACAUUUUUGUAAUUACAAUUACAAAUUCUGUCAAAUAAAAAGCAAAUUUAUAAACAA